AUGUUGUUACUCCGUCGCAUUACCAUUUCGGUAUGCGAUCACGAACUGGCUGGCGACGAGGAAAAACCAGAAUGUUCGCAGUGUCGCAAGGGUGGUCGGGAGUGUCGCCCUAGCGAGGGCGUGGUUUUUCGCCACCAGCAGAACGCGUCGAUGAACCGGAAUCUCAACGAAUCGCCCGAAGGCCGAGGGAAUUUGAACGGGUUUUAUUCAUAUAAGAACACUUUUGACAAGGAUAGCGUGUGGCUGGAUGUUCCAAAACAUGUCAUAUUUGUCGACAACUCCGAUCCAUACGCCGAAGACCUGGAAGCAUCAUUAACAGAGCCGAGCAAAGCUGUGCUGGCGCAUUCUCCAAAUCCAAGAUGGGGUAGUAGUGGUUCACGGACGAGUGAUGCUGAGACACAAAGAUUGGAAGCACUGUCAGCAGUUGCGACACACGAUCGGUUUGCUUAUUCGCCCAUGGACCAUUCACUCUCAGACAGUACCUCUUAUCCAUCACCGAAUCAGCCUCGAAGCACCCUCCCCCCGGCCUCUCCCUCAAUAUCUCUGUCGUCCACCAGCAACAAUACCAACAUUAAUUUCCUCCUCAACCCUUCCCAUCCGAUGUCGCCCCCCAUCGAUCCAAGCAUCCAGUUAUCUGAUAGAAGUACUGCUCUGCCAUCAAGACCCGCCGUGUCAAAGAGGAGUAUGAGUCAGAUGAGUAUAAGUCAUAUACCGGACGACCAUGCAGAAACAGAUUUCGAGACUGCAUUCUUCCUCCGACAUUAUUCAGAAGGGCCAGGACUGUGGAUGGAUCUGUUCGACCUAGGGACAUAUUUCGCCUCCUACGUUCCCGUCCGAGCGCGGACGAAUCCGCUUCUGAAAUUCGCAGCCUGCGCAUAUGCCGCGAAACAACUGGGCCGAGUAAAAGGCGCCAAAGCAGCAAUGGGCGGCGUAUGCACGCAACAAGCUGCGAUGGAAUUGUGGCCUGACAAAGACCCCGAUUUCGCCUGGUACGGGGCCAAGUAUUAUGAGAAGGCCAUUCAGAUUCUCAUGAGGGAACUGCAACCCAAUGCUGAGGGACCUCCUCCAUUGAGUACACCUGAGGCAUUUGGGCAAUGGCAGGCUUCAGAACUGUCUGCAGAUACGAAUAAUCCACGUAAGCGCCGAAGGCGGGUAUCGGACAGUCGGCUUGCGCAUGGGGUUCAUUCUGACGAGGUUUUGGCUGCAACUGCCAUCUUGUCUGUGUAUGAAUUCCUGGAUGCGGCUGGUCCGGCGUGGAAUCGGCAUUUGAGUGGUGUUAAGUCGCUUCUUGAUGUUGCUGAAGUGGGGAUGAUGCCUCUUGAGCAGAGGUCUCCUGGUGAGAAUUCAUAUCAGACGAAGAAGUCGGGCCUUUCGAAGGCUCGGAGGGCGACGUUUUGGAAUUUCGCUCGUCAGGACUAUCUAGCUGCCUUCAUCAAUGAGUGCCAUACAAGGCUCAACACAGACGACACAGUCCUCUGGACCGAGGCUGGACUCUUGCUCGAUAAUGCUGGGUUCAUUCAACCCAGCAACACCGGCGCAGCCGGAUACCCCGAAGGCGAAGACACAAUGAAGGAAGACCUGGUCAGUAACGGGUUGGUCUGGAUAAUGUCCAAGAUAGUCAACUUCAUAAGCUCAGGGGACAACAUGCACCUAACAGACAACCGAUCCAUGAACGGACUUGGUGUUUCACAACAGGCCCUCCUGGACCGGUGGCAUAGACUUGAAUCCGAGCUCGACGCAUGGUACAGCGGUGUUCCAGAGACAUUCCGACCCUGUGCGCGGAUGGAUCCAUCCAAGCUAACGCAUCACCGCCCCGCCAACGAAAUCGAAGAUAUCUCCACCCUGCAAGAAAUCUGGUUCAGUCUUCCGAUGUGUGCAUCAACAAUGCAACACUAUCACAUGGCCCGUAUCCUAUUGCUGAUCAACAAGCCUCACGAGUCAACCAGUCGCAGAAGCACCAUCACACUCAGACUGCAGUCAUACCGCUCCAUCGAAGCAGACAUCGCCUUCCACAGUCGAGAGAUCGUAGGAAUCGGACUCUCCCGCCCAGAUGGAAGCGUGAGAAUCAACUCACUGCAACCCCUCUUCAUUGCCGGACAGUGUCUGACUGAUGCGCGCGAGCGAAGAACAACAGUCCGCUUACUGCGGAGCAUAGAGUGUGAUCUUGGCUGGGCGACUGAAUACCGCGUUCAGCAAUUAAUGAAAGAAUGGGGAUGGGACGAGAGUACGCGAUCACCCAAGGCUUCCUGA